AUGUUUGGAAAGUUUUUCAGGAAAUCUCUCUCAAAAGGAAAGGACCUCAAGGCCUUGACCAGGCUCUCAUCUAUGAACUUCAGAUCGACUCCAACAGCCAGCCAGAAGUUGGGCAUCGGAGAUGCUGCAGAUAUUUUGGAGCAGAAGAUUUCAGGAAUUUCACAAGUUAACGACAUUAAGGAGUUCGGUAAAGUUAUUUCCUUCGGAGAUGGUAUUGCCAGAGUCUUUGGACUCACUAAAGUCCAAGCUGGAGAAAUGGUUGAAUUCUCCUCAGGAGUUAAGGGUAUGGCUUUGAAUUUGGAAACUGAUAAUGUUGGUAUCGUCGUCCUUGGAAACAACGAUAGAGAUAUUUUUGAGGGCGACUCUGUCAAAAGGACUGGUGAAGUAACUAACAUCCCCAUUGGAGAAGGUAUGCUCGGAAGAGUCAUUAAUACCUUGGGAGAGCCAAUUGAUGGAGGUGAUCCAAUCCAUACAACUGAAAUUCAGUCUGUCGAAGCUAAGGCUCCAGGAAUUAUUGUCAGAAAAUCUGUGCAUGAGCCAAUGCAGACCGGACUCAAAUCCGUCGACUCAUUGGUACCAAUUGGAAGAGGACAAAGAGAAUUGAUUAUUGGUGAUAGACAAACUGGAAAAACAGCUGUAGCAAUUGAUACUAUCUUGAACCAAAAAUCUGGAUUCGCAGAAGGAAUAGACCCAAACCAGAGACUCUACUGUAUCUAUGUUGCCAUUGGACAAAAGAGAUCGACUGUUGCAAAUAUUGUUAAGGUUCUCAAGGACAAUGAUGCCAUGAAGUACUCUAUUGUAUUAGCUGCCACUGCUUCUGAAGCUGCUCCACUCCAAUUCUUGGCUCCUUACUCAGGAUGUGCCCUUGGUGAAUACUUCAGAGAUACUGGAAGACACUGUUUGAUCAUCUAUGACGAUCUCUCAAAACAAGCUGUUGCUCAUAGACAGAUCUCACUAUUGUUGAGAAGGCCACCAGGUAGAGAGGCCUAUCCAGGAGAUGUCUUCUACUUGCAUUCCCGUCUUUUGGAAAGAGCAGCUAAGCUCCACGAAGGCCAUGGCGGAGGUUCAUUGACAGCUUUGCCAAUCAUUGAGACUCAAGCCGGUGAUGUGUCUGCUUAUAUUCCAACUAAUGUGAUCUCCAUUACUGAUGGCCAGAUUUAUUUGGAAUCAGAAUUGUUCUUCAAAGGUAUCAGACCAGCAAUUAAUGUCGGUCUUUCAGUGUCAAGAGUAGGAUCUGCUGCCCAGAUCAAGGCAAUGAAGCAAGUUGCUGGAUCCCUCAAGCUGGAGUUGGCUCAGUACAGAGAAGUUGCUGCUUUCGCUCAGUUCGGUUCAGACCUCGAUGCUACUACUCAGAACUUAUUGAACAGAGGAGAGAAACUCACUGAAUUGCUCAAGCAGAAGCAGUAUGUCCCAAUGAAAGCCCAAGAGCAAGUAUGCUUACUUUAUGCAGGAGUCAGAGGAUUUUUAGAUAAAUUGGAAACAUCUGAAAUUGCCAAGUUCGAGACUCUUUUCUUAGAAAAUUUGAAUGCCAAGCACAGUAAUGUAUUGGACUCUAUCGCAAAGCACAAGGAAUUGUUGCCAGAAGUUGAUGAAGAGCUGAAACAAAUUUUGACUGACUUUAUUCCAUCUGCUGGACUUAAGACCAAGCAAUAAAUGAUGAUAGGACCAUGUCUUUAAAAUAAUAUAAAUGAUUCUGAGGGCAAUAAUAU